UAUUUAUAUAGAAAUAGACAAAAACAAUAUGGAGCUCAGCUUACAAUUAGGCACCCAUGCAAGCCGUGCAGGACACCUAGAACUCACAGAGCAGCAUCGGGCUUAUAACAGUGUUAUGGUAGAGGAAGCCAAGGAGAGGAACCCUGAUGAACCCCCUGAAGAACCCCUUGUUGAAAGUGAAGGUCCAUUACAAGAGCAAAACAUUUCUGUUCAUAAUGACUUAUUGCUUCGCCAAAAUAUCGGCAACGGCCAACCCGAGCAAGAUCAUUACUAUUUAUACUACCAGCAGCAAAGAUCUGAAAGUGAGAGACGUGCUUUCUUAAGUGCAGCCGUGUUUAGAGCAAUCUAUGAGACGGUGUACCUCACACCAGUUUUAGCCCUCUACAUUCUCAACUCUGGAAAAGAUUGAGGGACUUCCUUGAAAGCCCUUGUCUUUAGUGAAAUAAUGCUGAGACUUUUCUGCUUCAAUAUUAUCAGGUUUCCUCUGCUAAUAUUCAGUAAAAGGUCGGCCUAUCUCCUCUGAGCGUACAAAAUUUUCGCGAUCCUGAAGUUCUUCCUAAUGUUCUUAUGGUGUACUUUAUUUAUUAUCUUAUUUUGGAUAUCAAAGCCAGAUUGCAUGAAGAAAGGGUCUUUGCUAUUCGUAGCGUCCUUAUUAGUACUAGCUCAAUGUGUAAUGGAGCUCGUCAUGAAGAUCUUCUUGUUCUCCUAUCUAAUAAUCCUAGCUGCAACCCAUAGGUUAAAUCCUGAGAUGAGAGCCCUGUCCAAGAUGAGGCUGAGUCCAAGGCUGAUUACGAAAAUAAUCACAAAAUUGAAAUUUUUGCAACUAAAGGAUGCAGAAUUAGACAAAAAUCAAGAUAUAUGUUGAAUUUGCCUUGAAAAUUUCCAGGAUGAUCCUGAUGCAAUAUUUCUCCCGUGUAAUAAGAAGCAUAUAUUCCACUAUCCUUGCAUCUCUGAGUGGGUCUUGACCCAGCCCAGCUGCCCGAUGUGCAAAUCUGUAUUGUCUGCGAAGGCCAUUGAAGGAGCAAUAAAAGAAUUGAGAAGUAAAUAA